CCCAAGUUCUGUUGGUAUUGUGGUUAUGACGCACGGAAGUUAAGUUUCGGUUCGUCGUAGAGUUUUCAGGGGUAUGUUCUACGUGGGUGGAGGCAUCGAAAAGCGAAUAUGAUAUGUCCAAGUACUUCCGAUGUUAUGCUGAAGAAGAGAUUAUGCCCUCUGUACAAAUUGAAAUGUGAUCUCAAGGUAUUUUGUGAAUACCGCAUAAAAACAUAGUUUUUGCUUCUCUUUUUAUUUCCUUGUUUCUCACUUAUGUAAUAUAGUUAUAGUUAUAGUGACCACAUUUAACACAUAAACCACAUAACAUGCACAAAGUGAAGAUAUGAAAUGGAAGAGAAGUCUGGAUAAUCUCACAGUUACAGACUCAAUUUGAAGAAGAGGAAUACCUUCCAAUGGCCGACGGACAGUUAUCUGUUAUAAAUGAAAUCGCAGAGGAACUGACCUCAGAUGAGUGCAAGAGGCUAUUUUACCUGUGCGGUAAUCUUGAUACUGAUAAAGGUGUGGACGAUGUGAGAGCGUUGUUGAGGUCCGUGAUGAACCGCAGUGAAGCAGAUCACAGGUUUCUGCCAGAGCUCAUGUUCAGGAUAAGGCGCUACGAUAUUUUAAAGAAAAUUCUACGGACCAAUCCGAAAGAAGUUGAGAGUAUCUUGGGAAACGGAUGCCAUGUUUCGGAAUACAGAGUGUUGAUGGCUGAAUUAAGUGAAGCACUGGGUAAAGACGACCUGGACUCCCUCAUAUUCCUGCUCAGUGGAACUCUGUCCAGAGGAAAAAUGGAGAAAUCUACGAGUUUCCUGGACAUUGUUGUUGAGUUGGAGAAGCUGGGAAAGGUGUCGUGUGAGAAUUUGGAGCCGAUGGAAUCGUGGCUACGCAGUGUCCGUAGGAUUGAUCUGGCUAAGAAGGUUCAGCGGCACCGGGCUGGAGGUUCGGCAUCUCAAGCAAGCAUUAGUGUACACAGACCAAUUGGAAACCAGCAGUUUCCCAAAGGCAUGUCUUCUAGGGCACUGUGCGUCUCCCCUGGUCACCAAACCAUGCGUCAGUGCAUGCCCAAAGCACAUGCUCCAGAGAACAUACAUUUUUCAGUACCUGAAACAGGAUGGCACUAUGUUCAGAGCUCGGUGGAGGUGUACAGGAUGGGGGCGCAGCCUCGAGGCAUGUGUGUAAUUAUUGACUGCAUAGGCAGUGAUGGUGACAUGCUCGAACAGACCUUCAUCCAAUUACACUUCAGGGUAAUCCUCUGCAAGUGGCCUACAGCGGACGAGGUCCACUCCACCUUGACGGAUGUGUCCCGCAGAGGGGACCUCCAGGGGCACGACGCCUUUGUCUGCUGCGUCCUCAGCCGGGGCACCUCCACCCACCUGCUGGCCACGGACCUGGGUGGCCGGGGGCUGGGCUUCGACACCGUCCGACGCCUCUUCUCCACGGAGGCCUGCCUGGGGCUGGCGGGCAAGCCCAAACUGUUCUUCGUCCAGAGCUACACGGUCCCCGUGCUCCAGGUCCACUGCGAGUACUGGGAUGAUGACUUGGAGACGGACGGGCCAUCACCCGCCUGCGUCGUGGAGAGCAUCCCCACCGACGCCGACGUUCUCUGGAGCCUCUGCUCGACGGAGGAGUGGCAGCUGGGGCAGCCCAGGCACAAAUCUGCCUACCUGCGGGCCUUGAGUGCAGCUCUGCUCAAAGGCCAGGGAAGGUGCAGCAACAGCUUUUACAGCAACCCCCAGGAACUUCCCACAAGUAUAUUUUAAGUUCAUGUGACCAUGUUAGGAUUGUAAUCAUAUGCUUUAUGAUUUAAAUAGAGAUGUUAGCUACAGUAUAUGAAUCUGAUUCAUACUUUGGUAGCGAGGUUUACAUAAAUGAAGUUACAUGAUCUUGCACUCUCAGACACUCAGAAACUGUGAUGAAAACUAGCUUGGCUGCAGCCAUAUUGGGUUUCUUUUUCAGGGCUGGCCUUUGAGAACAUUGCUUAUGUCUCUGAUGUCAUGUGUUCCUUUGCAGGAACCUCAACAUUUUGGACGUGCACACCGAGGUGAAUGCUGUCAUAUAUGAGCACAACCACAGCAGCCCAGGGGAGAGAUACACCAUCAGCCUGCAGCACACCCUGAGGAAAACACUGUUCAUAUGAUGAAAGAGGAAGUGCUGUUCUAAUAAUAAAGGAAUUACUUAUGGUGAUGGAAAAUGUUUAUUAGUAUGUUGUAAUGAAGGAGAAACAAUUGAAUCAUACUUUUCUAAUCCACGUUUUUAUUAUUAUUCUAUUUUAUUUUAUUAUUAUUCAUUAUUAUUUUUGAAGACAUUAUUUAUGUUUGUUUAUACUUUGUUCAUUUUACAAAGCACCAGAGAACUUACACAGAACAACACUAAACAGAUUCAUAUAUACACUCACCGAGCACUCUAUUAGGUAUUAGGCUACAGCAAUAGAAGUCUAAAAAAUAAGUCUAUCUGCUUAGAGUUAUGAUGUGUUGUGUGUCCUGAGAUGCUCUUCUGCAUACCGCUGUUGUAAUGUGUAGCUAUUUGCGUUACUGUCACCUUCCUGUCAGCUUUGACCAGUCUGGCCAUUCUCUGAUGUCUCUCAUUAACAAGGCAUUUCUGCUUGCAGAAGUCCUGAAGUAAAAAUGUUCCUAAUAAAGUACUCGGUGAGUGUAUAUAUGAAACGCAUUAAACUCAUCCUAAAAUUGCGUGGCAGCUCAUCUUUCACAUCAUAUUUGUAUGAAGGCAACCAAUUCACAGUCCUGCUUAUAGCUUCAACUGUGAAUUUUUUUUACUAACAAAACUAUUGAUUUUUUUAUACACAAUUAUAACUUGUUUUAAAAUAUAACCAAGUAACCAUUUCAUUAAAUCAUUCUGAUGAGAA